CGGGGUUGGUGUUGGCACGGUAGUGACGUCCUUAGAUUUCAUGUUUACAUAUCGCUGAUAACAUCUCGCCUUUACAACAUCAUUCGGUCACUCUGUUGUUAACAAGCCAAGGACGUGAUACCGGCGACUGUACAAGAAAUGGAGAAUUCCCAAGACAAGACGACUUCGAGACGGAAGAAGAAGAGUAAGCGUCUGCUGAUCCUCUUGGUAGCGAUCCUAGUCUUUGUGUUAGUAGCGGUGGCUGUAACAGUAGCCUUGCUGGUGUACCGGACGGACCAGGAAGCCUCUUCGGGUGACCUGUGGCUGGAAAGCCGCCUACCGUCCUCCCUGGUGCCGCUACACUACCAAAUCCAGCUCCAGCCUGAUCUGAACACCUUUACUUUCACGGGAAGCGAGCAGAUCUCAAUCCAGUGUUUGGAGUCUACCAACUAUAUAUUGUUGAACUCCAGACUUCUCAAUAUUACGGACGGAUCUGUCUCUCUACAAACAGCCACAGGAGAGGAUUUAAACGUUGAACGCUGGUUUCUGUACCCAGAAAAUGAGUUCUUUGUGGUACAGUCUACACAGAGCUUACGAAAGGGAGAAAGCUACGUUCUGAGUGUGUCGUUCUCUGGCUUGUUAAUGGACGACUUGCGGGGGUUCUAUCGGAGCUCGUAUUUGGACAGCCUUACCGGCGAGACAAGGUAUCUUGCUACAACGCAGUUUUCUGCCAUAGACGCCCGGAAGGCCUUCCCGUGUUUCGACGAGCCCGCCAUGAAAGCCACGUUUGACGUCACUCUCGUCCACCAAUCAGAAUACACGGCUCUUUCCAAUAUGCCGAUACGUCAGUCAGAUGUAAGAGAAGACGGGUGGACAGCGGAUCACUUCGAUACCACAGUGCGCAUGUCCAGUUACCUGGUCGCCUUCGUUAUCUCAAACUUCACCUACAGGGAAAACGUCACUGGUCUCCAUGGCAACAUAACGUUGAAAGUGUGGGCCCGCCCAGACGCUGUUGAGAACGGUGAGGUGGACUACGCCAUCGCCGUGGCCUCCAAAGUGCUGACGUACUACGAGGAAUACUUCGGCAUCCCUUUUCCUCUUCCCAAGCUUGACAUGGCGGCGAUUCCCGACUUCCCUUUCGGCGCCAUGGAGAACUGGGGUCUCAUCACUUAUCGCGAGACUUCGCUGUUGUACGACCCUUCCGUCUCCACGGAGGCAAACAAACAAAGGGUAGCUGUUGUUGUAGCCCACGAGCUAGGACAUCAGUGGUUUGGGAAUCUAGUGACCCCUGCGUGGUGGGAGGAUCUAUGGUUGAAGGAGGGUUUUGCCAGUACAGCUGAAUAUCCCGGUGUAGACUUCGUGGAACCAACGUGGGCCAUGGAGGACCAGUUUCUGGAGGAAGACCUACAUCCGGUGUUCGCCCUGGAUUCCCUCAGUACGUCCCACCCCAUCUCCCUCCCGGUCAACCAUCCCGACGAGAUCUCCCAAAUAUUCGACACCAUCUCCUACAGUAAGGGAGCGUCCAUAAUCCGGAUGAUGAGUUCGUUCCUGGGCAGCAGUUAUACCAAGGGCAUAAAGAGCUACCUGGAGCGCUACCAGUUUGCGAAUGCUGUGCAAGACGAUCUGUGGAAUUCCCUCACAGAGGCAGCCCAGGAGGACGGCCGCACCGACGUGCAGGUGAAAGACGUGAUGGACACCUGGACGUUACAGAUGGGCUUCCCUGUGGUCACGGUCACCAGAGACUACAGCAACGGCAGGGUCACGGUCAGCCAACGUCACUUCCUGUAUGACCCGGAAGCAAACGUACCAGAAAGCCCGUACAACUAUGUCUGGCAGGUGCCACUGACCUACACAACAGGAGAAGACAUGAACUUUGCUGACCCUCCACAGACGUGGAUACGCGACAAAACAGAAGAAUUCCCGUUGUCAGCAGCACCUACAAGCUGGUUGAUCGCCAACGUUAACCAGACGGGUUAUUACCGGGUUAACUAUGACAUGGCUAACUGGGAACUACUCACCAACUUCCUGAUGAGCGAUGACUUUCAGGCUAUUCCAGUCGCUACAAGGUCUGCCCUUAUUGACGACGCUUUCAACAUUGCGCAAUCUGGCGGCCUCAGCACUGUGAUAGCUCUUGACCUCUCGCGAUAUUUGAGACGUGAGCGAGAUUACCUGCCAUGGGCGUCGGCCAGUCGUGCUUUUGGUUACAUCUCCAACAUGAUGGCGGGGACAGGCAGCAGCCAACACUUAGAGAGAUACGUGUUGAACCUGGUACUGCCUGUUUACAACACAUUGGGAUGGGAGGAUACUGGCGGCCAUCUAGAGAGAUAUAACCGGAUGACGGCCUUGUCUUUGGCAUGUAAUUUCGGCUACAACGGCUGUCUUCAAAACGCUUCACAGAAGUUCUCAGAAUGGCGAGGAGGGGGCAGCGUUUCUCCGAAUCUAAAACGCACUGUGUAUUGCUAUGGGAUCGCGAACGGUAAUGAGAAUGACUGGAACUUCGCCUGGCAGAGAUACCUCAGCACGGACACUGUUGCGUCCGAGAAGGCGCUCCUCCUGUCGGCUUUAGCGUGCACUGCAGACCAAUACGUACUCAGAAGAUAUCUGGAUUGGACCAUUGACUCCACAAAAGUUCGCAAAGGUGAUGCACUCAACACCAUUGUGUCCAUCUCUGGUAACAAGCUAGGGAAGGCCAUGGUAUGGACCUUUCUAAACCAGAACUGGGACUAUAUCUUCGACAGUUAUGGAGGCUCACUGUUUGGCCUUACCGGCCUAAUUCUGGGUGUCACAGAGAACUUCAACACAGAGGAAGAACUACAGCAGAUGCAAGACUUCGUCACCAGUCACCCAGAACUGGGCACAGCUACACGAGCAUUUCAGCAGGCCCAGGAGAGAGCCAGGGCUAACAUCAAGUGGAGACAACAAAGCGAAGACGAUGUUGCACAGUGGCUAGCAGACAACCAGAGAGAAAGUGCUACACUUUAACAAUCAAUUUCACAGAUAUAUCUUACAAACAGCAAUGAAGUAGUGUAAGUUUUAAAAGAUAAUCUCAGCUUGUACAAAUAAAAUUAUGGUACUUUUGUGUCUAUCUUGUUGGCAACCUCUUGUGACUGGCAAUAAAAGAAGCAAUGGGCAAGUUUUAUAUUUUUUGUUUCCAUACAGUUUAUUCAGGGUAAUUGUACAUUCAUACUGGCAAUAAAUUGGUGAACAAAAUUGCAGAAGUACAAAAACAGAAGGGUAAUUCUGAUGGUAAAAAUAAAGAAAUUGAAGUCAACAUCACAAUAGCAGCACACAAUUUACAGAGGUAAUAUAAACACAUCACUCAUUCAUUGUGCAUUCAUGUGUCGCCUUAGCUACAUGUAUUAUCACUGAAUCUUUACUACAUGUAUAAACAAUCACAGAAAUUAUCAUACAAGCUUUCUCCGGGACAUACACAUUUGCCUCAAAUCAGAAAAAAAAUAUGAUGAAGUAUAUAUUGUUGGGUGAUCUGCAAUAGGUACAAUGUAUACAUAGCAUACAAAUCUAAGCAUUCAAUACUACAUUCUUGUUAUUUCUGUACUACUCAUUUAAGGAUACCUAAAAGUCAUCAUAAAAGGCUCCACCCUUGAGGUAUAGCCAAAAACAAUAUGAUCACAUCCAUUUCACUUGUUUCUUGUUGAAAGAUGCAACUAAGCAGAGCAACUCAAACCUACACAACUCGAAUGAUGCAGUUUUGGAGGAAACAGUGGGCUACAUGAAAAGCAUUUUCAAGAAAGAGAUUACUAAUAGUACAUUUAAUAAUGUGCAUGUAAAUUGUGUCAUUUCUUCUGGCUGCUUGCUUGAUUUGUGAAUAUAGUUUAAAAUCAGACAAGAAUUGAAAGUUAUACAUGUAAAUAGGAAAGAAGAAAAGGCAAUGGUAGCAAACUGAUGGU